CUCUCUCACACACACACACACACACACACAACAAAAGCAGCAAGAGACAUGUCAACAACCACACCCACCUCUCCAAUCAGCUUCACAAACAGAACCCCCAUAACUACCCAAACCCUUUUCUUUGGUUAACUACCCAAAUCCAACACAUAAUCUGUCAGUCUAUGUAUUUGUCUUUGUGUACUACGUAUGUUGUACACAUAAUAUAUACUUUUGUGUAAUGGUUUGGUGGUGAAGGAAGGCCUUCUUGCUUAAGAAAAUUGUGGGUUUUUGGUUUUGGUGAAUUAGUUGUUAAGCUUUCAUUUUCUGUAUCUGAUAUUCUGGGCUGGUUGUUCCUUCGUUUGACUCCAUUUGAAGCAAGCCCCAGUCUUUCUUAAGCUCUAUUCUGUAAUGGGUUUUGGAUUAUUUGCUUCGAUUCUUCGUUAUCAGUUUAAACAAGAAGCUGGGUUGCUGAAGAAUUGGAGUUGAAUUUUGGGAUGAUGCGGUUGAGUUCUGAUAUGGGUAUUGGCCAAAGUUCAAGCUUUUGGUGGUUUGGGAGGAGGGGAUUAGGGUUUGUGCUUCGGAUUGUAUUUGGAUUUUUGGUUGGCUUCUUGCUUACACGGCCGGUGGCAGGUUUAAGACCGUUGAGGGAGAGGGCUCGGUCGUGGGGCGAUGAGUGGCUAUUUGUAAGAAAAGAUGAAAGCGAGUUGGGUCCAUUCUCUACAUGGAACAUAACAGGAACUUACAGAGGGACAUGGAAGUUUCUAGACUCUGCAAAUGGCUCUUCCAGGUUUCCAGAUUUCAGGAAAUCCACUGGCAAUUCAGUUAUUGAAUUAGUUAGUACACCAACAAAAAUAACUGGUGUACAUUAUGUUCAGGGGGUAAUUAUCUUCCAUGAUGUGUUUGACAAUGAACACAAUGUUGGUGGUGCUCAAAUCAGGGUUGAAGGUGUAUAUAUAUGGCCUUUUAGACAACUUCGAAUGGUAGCUAAUAGUGGAAAAGAGGGAGAGCUGAGUCAGGAAGAUGAUUAUCUUUUAUCGAAUCCAUAUCAUUUGCUUGGAGUUUUCUCAUCCCAGGUGUUCCAAGAAUCUCCGCGGGAUAAGAUAUGGAGAAGAAAACAUUCGCCAAUUUAUGAAAUGGAGAAACAUUGUAAUAUUGAAAUUGCGGCCCAAAUUUCGCGUGUUUCAUCCGCCCAAAAUGAUGGGGAUCAUGAUCGUUAUCAUAUGGAAGGUUUAAUGGAAAGUCCUGCAGUGGAUGAUGAUGGGGAUUGCUUCUCACCCUUACUAAUAAAUGCUACUUCUGUCAACAUUGGGGUCUACUAUAACAAGGCAGUGAACUAUACAUUGAUGGUCACCUUUGUCUCUUUCCUUCAAGUUCUUCUAUUAAUUCGGCAGAUGGAACAUGGCAACACUCAAUCCGGAGCUGCCAAAGUUUCAAUUUUAAUGAUUGGCCAACAAGCAAUCAUGGAUGCUUAUCUUUGCCUUCUACAUCUGACAGCUGGAAUACUAGUUGAAUCCUUAUUUAAUGCUUUUGCAACUGCGGCCUUUUUCAAGUUCGUAGUCUUCUCAAUUUUUGAGAUGAGAUAUCUUCUUGCUAUAUGGAAGGCAAGUAGACCCAUGAGUAAUGGAGAAGGUUGGGAGACUAUGAGGCGUGAGCUUUCGGUUCUCUAUAGUCGUUUUUAUGGGAUCCUUUUGGGAGGCAUUCUGGUCAUGUAUGAGUUUCAUAAUUUUCUGAGACCUAUUCUUCUUCUUUUGUACUCUUUUUGGGUACCUCAAAUAAUAACCAAUGUUGUUCGUGAUUCAAGAAAGCCUUUGCAUCCUCAUUACAUCUUAGGCAUGACUGUCACUCGGCUGGCAAUCCCGUUAUAUAUAUUUGGCUGCCCUAACAACUUCAUGCGUAUUGAGCCAGACAAGAGUUGGUGUAUUUGUUUGACUGUAUUUAUUGGACUCCAAGCAUCAAUUCUUCUUCUCCAGAACUACCUUGGAUCUCGUUGGUUCAUUCCUCGUCAGAUUCUUCCUGAAAAAUAUAGCUACUAUAGAAGGUUUGAUCAGGUCGCAAAUCAUGCUACAGAUUGCGUCAUUUGCAUGACUGCCAUCGAUAUUACACAGCGAUCUAAUGAUUGCAUGGUGACGCCGUGUGAUCAUUUUUUCCAUUCUGGUUGUUUACAAAGGUGGAUGGACAUAAAGAUGGAGUGCCCAACUUGCCGGCGUCCACUACCACCAGCAUAAGAGCAUCUUUUCACUUUAUGUCUAUAUCAUAUAGGACCAACUGACAUUCCCCAACUCACUAAUUCUGGUUGGGAAUAGAACUGCCUUUUUACCUUGAGUUCACCUUCAGAAGGGUGAGAUACAACAUAAUCAGUCACAAACUGUCACAGAUGCUGUAGCAGUCUGUAGCCAAUGAUUCUUGUAUUGUUUGUAAUGUAUAUUGUAUAUUUGAGUACAUUUAGCAAUUGUAUAGGUGUAAAUCCUCUUCAAUUCAAUAGUCUAGUUUAAUGCAAAACAAAUGGCAUUUGAUUUGAUGCUGUCAAUUCAAGAAAUGUGUUUUGCUU